CCUGUGACAUCACUCCUGAAGCUCAAAUCCCACUCUAAGCUCCCUUCAUUAGUCAGUCUGUUGGUCUGUCUCCUUUUCCAGAUCUACAGACCUUUGCACACCGGAGCAUGCUGCUCUGAGAAGAAGAGCUGUGGAAAUCAGAAGCACGGGGAGAGAAAGAAGAAGAUACAGAGAAAGAAACACAGAAAAAAAAAUCAAAAGACAAUCUACAAUAUGAAAUUCAUCUCAGCUUGUUACUUGCUGCCUUUUUUCCCUGUUCUAGUUUUCAGCACUAGACAGGGCUAUGAAGAACUGGAAAGACAACUGAAAGAAGUCUUUAAGGAAAGGAGCAAUAUCCUCCGUCAACUGUCGAAGACCUCAAAAGAACUUGAAGGAAUUAAAGUAAACCUGCAGUCUUUGAAAAAUGAUGAGGCAUCUGCCAAAAGUGAUGUGCAGAAACUUCUGGAAUUAGGCCAAAAGCAAAGGGAAGAAAUGAAAUCUCUCCAGGAGGCCUUUCAAAAGCAGCUUAAUGAGGCAGCUGAGAAAGCAGAAAAACAGCAGGCUACUAUUAAUUUUCUGAAGACUGAAAUGGAAAGGAAGAGCAAAAUGAUCAGAGAUCUCCAGAAUGAGAACAAAAGCCUGAAAAACAAACUCCUGUCGGGAAACAAGCUUUGUGGUAUUCAUGCAGAAGAGUCUAAAAAGAUCCAAGCCCAGCUGAAGGAGUUUCGCUAUGGAAAAAAGGAUUUGAUUUUUAAGGCACAACAGCUAACAGAUCUGGAGCAAAAGCUAGCAAUUGCAAAAGAUAAGCUGGAAAAAGCCGCCCUUGACAAAGAGUCACAGCUGAAAGCUCUGAAGGAGACUGUACAACUCUGCCUGUCUUCCGUUCUGCACAAUCAACCGCCUGCUACGAAUAUAAUCCCUUCAAAACCAACUGAGAAGCUGACAUCCCAGGUUACAAAUGACUCAAAAGUUCCAUUUCAAGUGACAAACACCAAGCAAAAUGCCUCAGCAGAUAAGGAGACCCUUGCCUCAACAAAGGAAGCAAAUCGAAGUGUCCAGGAGUGUGAUUCUCAAGAUGUUGGCAAGACUUGUUUGGGGAAGCGCAAUAAUUCAACAUCUCCUCACCUCAAGAUGGCAGAAACAGAUCCUAGCUUUCAGAAGUUGCACAGCCCUCCAUGGAUUAAACCUGAAGCUAAAAAAUCAGCAGAGACAAAUGAGAAGAAGCAUGAACAGUCAGAUAAAAUAGAAGAAAAAGCACUGUAAACAUUACCAAGCUAUGUUAACAAUGUCCUUCAUUUGCUAUUGUCUUCAUAUUGUUUUUAGUCCAGAAGCAUUAUAAUGUAUCAAGUUUCUAAAGCAUGCAACUUUUUUCACUAUUUUAUGAAUGUAAAUUAGUCUAGUUUCUAAAAUAGACCAAUUAGUACCUCUCAGCAAUAAUCCAAUAUAAAUGGAUGUUUGAAGAUAUGCUUUGUAAUACAGUCCAGUUUUUUGAAAUAUUAUUCUGCCCUGAUCAGUAACUUGCUUAUUAUAAAUCAGUCUGUUUUGUAAA